AUGCACUUCAAGUCCUUUCUGACCAUCAUCUUCCCCCUCCUCACCUUCCUCGCCCUCACCAACGCAGUUGACUUGUUCCAAUAUACCGGACACAGCUGCCGCGGUCGUGCCUCUGUCUGCCGCAACAUCAACCAACGAGUAUGCUGCCAGUCUAGAAACCGUGUGUUUGCGUCGGCCAGUAGCACCGCCCGCACAGACACCGAUAUCCACAUUACCUGGAACCAAGUUGGAUCGCGUUUUUGCGGAAGAGUCGCAGCGUCUGCCAACCGAGGCCGUUGCAUCUCGGGCGGUUCGAAUCUGCGUGGCCACUCCUGGUGCCGGCUGUGUCGCACAAUCACGAGCCAGAGCGAGGAACAGGUAGAUGCCUGUACCUCUACCCAGGAACCCGAUGUCCUUGAGAUUGGAAGCAAAUGGUUCGCUGUGAACGAUACUGUUUCUGAAGAUGACAAGAAUGCCCUGUGGGCCCUGUGGCAGGGAGAGGCAGAUGAUGCUAGCGUUCCUCAGAACCUGCUGAGAUUCGAGACUGAGGCGGUGGCGAGGGAUGAGGUUGAUGAUGCGCAGGUGGCUGAGGGUAACGCGGAGAACGAAGCUGGACAGCCGAGUGACGAUUUACCUGAAGGUAGUUUGGAGGGUGCAGAGUAG